CAUUUUUGGCUCAAGAACCGCCGGCCCAAAGUAGCUGGCGCGGCCCGCGCCUCCGCGCACCCGUGGGCUCUUGUGCUUGGCCGGUGCGUGUGCAGGACCGGCGCGGCGGGAUGGGCCGAGACAGGCGCUCUCCGCGCCCAGACGCCGCAGGCAGCGCGUGGCGCUCUCCGCGCUCUCCGCGCCCAGACGCCGCAGGCAGCUCGAGGUCCUCCUCGCGAUCCUUCAGGAGCUCAUCUCCGGCCCCACGCCUGAGGCCGGCGACCACGCAAGGCAGCAUGCUGCAGUUCGUUUCGGACGCUGUGGGCGGCCUCGGCGAGGGCGGCGGCCUCACCGCGGCCGAGGAGUCGGCCGCCUACAAUGCGCUCGACAACGUGGAGAGGCGAGCGGACAGGAACCUCCAGGCAAGCAACGCGGCCAUCGAGCCGCACGUCGGGGCGCUGUCCGACCGGGUGGCCAAGAUGGAGAGGAGCGUGCACAAUUCCCAGGCGUGGCACCCCGCGGCGGACGCCGGCGCCACGCGGGCGCCGUCGACGGACGAGGACAUGGGGUCCUUGCCCGCCGUGCCCGAGGAUGGCGACGACUACGGCGCCGAGGCGGAGACGGAUCCCGAUAGGCAGCAGGCCGCGUACGCUGAUUUCCUUGACCUGACCCAGAGGAACAUCAACUGCGUCGGUGUGCACGCCUGGGGCAUGUCCGCCGCCACGCGGCAGGGCGCCACGUGCUGCGGCAGGUGCUGCGCCCUGGUGCCGUCUGCCCUGCUCCUGCUGCUCCAGGCCAUCGUGCUCCACUCCGUCAGCCUCGAGGCCCUGAACCCCACCUGCGUCCGCAACGAGGACUGCCCUUCGGGCACCUGGUGCUCGCCCAGCUGGAGCCUCGGCGGCUACGAGGCCCUGCCGGGCACGUGCGACGACUGCUUGUGGGCCACGCAGCUCCACGAGACCAGCAGUGCCACGACUGCUACCAGCACCGCAUCUUUGAGCAGCACGACGGAGAGCAGCAGCACGACUCCGACUUCUUCAAGUCAGACCAGCAGUGCGUCGAGCACCACUUCAGAGAGCAGCACGACUGCUACCAGCACCGCAUCUGUGAGCAGCACCACGGAGAGCAGCAGCACGACUCCGACUUCUUCAAGUCAGACCAGCAGUGCGUCGAGCACCACUUCAGAGAGCAGCACGACUGCUACCAGCACCAGCAGCACCACGGAGAGCAGCACCACGCCAGCACCGACACCAUUAUUUCUUCCUUGGGUGGUAAAAACUCGACGGUACAAGGCCCGACGCAAGCGCCGACAUCGGCGCCGACGCCACCAGCAUCGUCAGUACUGCCGAUGGUGGCACAAGGCCGAAAGAGGGCUCGACGUGGCCCUGGACGCGGCGCAGGUCCCGAUACACUACGCGGCCCUCCCCGUGCGGCUCGGCCCGGGCGCCUACGAGAAGCUCUCCUACGCCGGUCUUUCCGCUGCCGUGGAACACUGCGCCGCGCACGCGGUGGACAGGUGCGACUUCAUCCGGGACUUCAAAGACUCGCUGACCCUGGGCACGGUCAUGGUCUUCGUCUUCGUGCUCCUGCUCCUGCUCUUCUCCAUCGUACAGGACCUGGACAAGGCCGGGCAUGCGCUAGACGUGUUUGAGUACCGCCUUCAGGGCUGCGACCCGGUCAUCAGGAUGUUGGUCACCGCCGUGGCCUCGAUGAACUUCAACACAAGGAGAUUUGUCCUCCCGGGCAUUGUCGUGUACGCCUACUGUGCCCUCGUAUUGGCCGGCCCCGCGACCCCAGGGUUUGCGCAGCCCGUGUAUUUUCUUUUCUGCGGGGUCUUUGUCGGCGUGAUCUACCACGCCGAGAGGUUCUGCACCACGGUGUUCCUUAGCAAGGGGGCCGUAAAGCUCACCCGCGAGGCGUUCGCGGACGAGGCGGCACGGGACGCCAUCGAGCGAGUCAAGGGCCCGCUGCACGCGCGGGCGCUGGCGUUUUGGGACCACCGCUUCUACGCCAUGUGCCUCGGAGCGUUCUCGUUCCUCGUGGUUGUGUUCACCGAAACGUUCAUGGACGCCGUGCCUCUGUUAGAUGUCCCAAGAAUCUUCAAUGCUGGCAUAUUCAAGGAAGUGCCCGGAGACGCCAACAAUUGCACCAACGUCAUUAUCAUGCUCGCCGUCUCAUCGACAAUUGCUGUGUUGUGUUACACUUUUGUCUGGACCUGUGCUUACCUGUUGACGACCAGUUGUUGCCGUUGCAGUUUGGGUGUGAUCCUCGCGCCGUUAAAUUGCAUUAUGUGGAAUGUUGCUCUUUGGAUGGCACUGUGGACGGUGGCGUACGCGCCCGUGCUCAAACCCACAUGAUGACCGGCGCCCUCCGUCAAGCAUCCAAUUAUAUGUUUUGUAGCUCUCUCGUCUCUCUCUCUCUCUCGUAUCCUCCCGUCCACCUUGGCGCCUUCACGACUGGCCAGGACAAUAUUCCCGGCACGUUCUGAGUAUCCAGAUGUCUGCGGCUAACCCCGCCACCGCGCCUUCGCUGCAAUAAAACACGUGCAGGCUCGCUCUGCCCAUCUCUCCCGACGGGAUUUUGGCGGCCUCUUGGGGCGAUGCUGGGUGCUCCUGAAGGCCUGCCGUGCCAAUUUGAAUGAUUCUACAGACGUGCGUAACAACUUUUCCACGUAACGCAAGGUAAGGAGCCAAGCGCCUCGACGGCGCAAUCGGCAAAUCAGAGCGGCCGGUGCUCUGGACUCUGCUCCGCCGCGUCGCCCUGGAGCCAUUUGGGCUCCUGGACGCUGCUUCCGCUCCUCGUCCUCCUCCUCCUCCUCCUCCUCCUCCUCCUCGUGCCUCGUGCCUCCUUGGGCCCGAGGUCUCCGACCCCCUGGAUAUGUAAGUGCGAUGUAGUUGCUCUACAUGGUUUCCAGGAUCCGAGGGGAGCGGUGCUCUGGCGCCGCCUGGACCGCAGAAAGGAGACCCACCUUCUGCAGGCCCACGGCAACCUGGGGCUCCCCUUCACAUUAGCUUGAGCUUGAUGUUCUGCCUUCGCUGUGAGCGUCGCUCCAUUAUCGGUCCAAAUUAUUUGAAGUCCAGCUGUAUGCGCUUGAGCUUGAACUUCCGCUCAACACGCGGAAGCUUCGCUCCAUUUUAUAUUUCUCUUUUAGCUUGAGCUUGAGCUUCCGCUCAACGCGCGGAAGCUUCGCUCCAUUGCCAUAAUUUGUGGGAAUGCCGAGGCGAGGUUCUCACAAUCGCUCUGACUGUCGAUCUCGCAAUCGAUCUAACUAGAGAUCGCACGAGCGAUCUCAUGAUCGAUCUCACUGAAUCGACUUCACUUUCGGUCUGACGAUCUGCCUUACAAUUGUCCUCACUUUCGAUCCCACUUUCGAUCUCCGU